AUGUCACCGAAUUACCAUGACCUGUCGCAGUCGCGUGCAUUGACCCGAGUCUCCUUGAGGUGGUUACCUGAACCGCCCUUUGAAAACACUGAAACCCUUGUUCUGAUGGUGGGAGAAUGGUAUGUUGACCUGAGAGUCGACAAACAAUCCGGUGCCCUGGAUUGGGCAAUCGCUGGCCAAUGUCUCCUGAAGGACACCGACCCACGUCGCAUUGUCUUCACACAUACAAUUGACUCCAACGGUAACUUUAAUGUGAGCAACCCUUGUCCCUUCAUACCGCUUCUCAACGGAUAUGACUUGGAGACGGGCGCAAUGCCCCGCCCUGAUGUACCGGGGAAGCCAGUUACCGAGUACGAAGAAGUGUGGAGAUAUCUUUCGAAGAAGGAAAUUGGCAUGGGCGAGAUGGAAAAGCCAAUUGCAUGGAUCCUGGAAUCCGAAGAGGAUGUCGCUAGCCAUUACUUACAGGGAGGAACCACAACUUUUCUUGCUCGCAUAGAGGGGAGGCACCUGGCUUUACAGCAGAUGCGGACUGAUGAUAGAGGCAAGCCAGGCGACUCGGAUUGGGAAGAGAAUAUUACUGGUGGCGAAGUGAUAUCAAUCGCCAGUGAUUUCGACUGUCAUGUUCAGUAUUCCUGGGCAUUUACAGGGCAGAAGGUUACUGUGAAAGACCGUCGAUAUGUUGUUCGAGCUUUCGACGUUGCCGAUGUACUAUCGAAGCCCACACAAUUGGCCAAGAUUUGA